UCGUGUAUCUGAUCCAUGGCCCAAGAGACUCAAACAGCGGCUGCCGAGGAAGUGGUGGUGGAGAAGGAGAGAGCCGAGGAGGCUGCACCGCCUGCGGUUGUUGAAGAGAAACAGGCUGAGGUGGUGGAAGCUGUUGAGGAGCCUAAGGUGGAAGAGAAGGAAGCCAAGGUGACUCAGUCCGCGUCUUUCAAAGAAGAAUCCAAUAUAGUUGGUGAACUUCCUGACGCACAAAAGAAGGCUCUCGAGGAGCUUAAGCAGCUUAUUCAAGAAGCUCUUAACAAGCACGAAUUCAGUGCUCCACCCCCACCUCCUCCGGUUAAGGAAAAAGAAGCUGAACCAUCGGCUAAAGAAAAGAAAGAGGAAGACAAGCCUGCUGCUGAAACUGAAGAGAAAGCACCUGAAAAAGUAGAAACUGAAGCAGCAACACAUGUUGAAGUCAAGGAAGAAGAGAAGACUCCACCAUCCGCCGAGGCACCGGCACCCGAGACUGAGGUGGUUGAAAAAGCUCCAGCCGUCGAGGAAGAUGGUGCCAAGACUGUCGAAGAAAUCGAGGAAUCAGUCGUAGCAGUGGCCGCUCCUCCUCCAGCUGAGAAACCAGAGGAAACUGCCUCUUCUUCUGUGGAACCGGAGGUUCCGAAAGACGAGCCAAAGGAAGCUGAAGUUCCUCCACCUCCGCCUGAAGAGGUGUCUAUAUGGGGAAUCCCGCUCCUCGCAGGCGAAAGGAGCGACGUGAUCCUAUUGAAAUUCCUAAGGGCAAGGGAUUUCAAAGUGAAGGACGCAUGCAGCAUGAUAAAAAACACUGCCAUCUGGCGAAAGGAGUUCGGAGUUGAAAGCUUGCUCGAAGAAGACCUCGGAAACGAAUUGGAGAAAGUGGUUUUCAUGCACGGAUUCGACAAAGAAGGCCAUCCUGUAUGUUACAACGCUUACGGAGAAUUCCAAAACAAAGAGCUAUAUCAGAAUACUUUCGGAGACGAUGAAAAGAGAUCCAAGUUCUUGAGAUGGAGAAUUCAGUUCCUGGAAAAAAGUAUCAGAAAGCUCGACUUCAGUCCCACAGGUAUUUCUACCAUAGUUCAGGUUAACGAUCUCAAGAAUUCCCCAGGAUUUAGCAAAAAGGUGCUCAGGCAAGCUACCAACGAUGCUCUUAACUUGCUUCAGGAUAACUAUCCAGAAUUUGUGGCCAAACAGGUGUUUAUAAAUGUUCCGUGGUGGUACUUGGCUUUUAAUAUAAUGAUUAGUCCUUUCCUCACCCAGAGAACCAAGAGCAAGUUCAUCUUUGCAAGUCCAUCCAAAUCAGCCGAUAUCCUUUUCAGAUAUAUUGCCCCUGAACAAGUACCGGUUCAGUACGGUGGAUUGAGCAGGGAGGGUGAACAGGAAUUUACCGAUGCUGAUGCUGCAACGGAGGAUAUAAUCAAACCAGCAACCAAGCACACUGUUGAAUUCCCUAUAACUGAGAAAUGUGCCCUGGUUUGGAAGGUACGAGUUGUGGGGUGGGACGUGAAUUACGGGGCCGAAUUCAUGCCCACAGCUGAAGACGAAUACACCGUGAUUGUAUCGAAGACAAGAAAAGUAGGUCCGGCCGAUGAAACUGUGAUCUCCGACAGCUUCAAAACAGGUGAGGCUGGGAAAAUUGUUCUCACCAUUGAUAAUCAAACUACAAAGAAGAAGAAGCUUCUGUAUAGGUCCAAGGCCAAACCAUAUUCCGAUUGAAGCUACUUCCUUUGGUCAUGGGCAGAUAACAAGGUUUAUUUUUGUUUGGAAAUUUUAAUUUUAUAAAUUUAGUGUUGGGGGGGUUUAUUUAUAUUUAUUGGAGAAAAAGACUGUGAAUGGAGUGCGCAAUGUGAAAAACAAAGUGUUGUUCUUCAUCCUUGUUUUGACCUUUGUAAAGUUUGUGUAAAUUUCUUGGUGUAUUCUCUUGUGGAUUUGU